CUUCACUUUCUCUCUAACUUCUUUCAAAAUUCUUCUCUCGUUCAAUCCCCUUCCACUUCUCCCUUUUAGGGUUUCAAUUUAUUCAAUAGCGCUCGGUCCUAAUCGCUCCGAUACAAGCGCCACCAAAGACGACGCUGUUGCAAAGAAGAAGGUUGAGAACGAAGAUAUGUCCGAUGAGGAUUUGGCACUUAAGCAGCAACACAGUUGUGCGUGGAGAGGGUUCAGGAUCCCGACUAGGGAUUGCAGAAGGUUGCGAUUAGGUGCCAUUGGGGGCAUUGUUGCUUCACUGAUUCGUGUUCCAACAGAGGUUAUCAAGCAACGAAUGCAAACUGGGCAGUUAUCUUCUACUUCUGGGGCUGUUCGCUUUAUUGCUUCUAAGGAAGGCUUUAAAGGAUUUUAUGCUGGGUAUGGAUCUUUUUUGUUGCGGGAUUUGCCCUUUGAUGCUAUUCAGUUUUGCAUCUACAAGCAGAUUUGAAUAAGUUAUAUAUGCUUGCGGUGCACUAACUGGAGCUAUAACUACCCCCUUGAUGUCAUCAAGACAAGGUUAAUGGUUCAACUAAGCUGUGAACUUUCUUUUUUUAAUCUUGUUUUUACAAGGUAGCCAUCUUUCUCCAUACACAAAUGCAGAAAUGAUACCUUCUGUAUAUGGCUAAUCUACAAGCAAAUCAAUAAUAAUAUUCAGUGUAAAUUAUCAAGUCAUUCAUAAGUUCCUAUUUUCCUCCUCAAGGGAUCUGCAAACUAAUAUAAGGGAAUCGCAGACUGUGUUCAAACAGAGCUAUGUAAGGAGAGGUAGGCCUUAGGUGAGUAACAGGGGAUCAUAAUCUUUUUGUCUUUGCAGCUCAAGGAUAUUUUAGCAAAGCAAGCUGAAUUGGGAGUUGAAGUUGCUAGAAUACCAUCAUACUACCUGAAGAAAUCUGAAAAUCAAGGUCUUCAGAGGGAAGGGAGAACUUUUAUAGUUAUUUGAAUUAAAAUAUUAAUUUCUAGUAAAACUUGGUCUGUAAUUUAUACAUCAAAAUCUGGUAGAGUUUUUGUGUCUGUCUGUAUUGCAGGUCUUUUUAUACAACAAAAUUAAGGGUAUGCUGCAUCGUUUGACUAUGAUAGUUCAUAUUUAUGGAUGUAGUUGUGUACUUCAUAUGUGAUGAAUUAGAGGUAUGGACUCUGUUUAUAUCUAUCCGUUGAUUGUGUCGUAUUGAA